AAUUUUUAGGGUUUAUUUCCAUUCUCUCUCUCUCUCUCGUUUUUUGGGGCUUUAAAUUGGUUGUGAAGAAUAUAUGUGAAGGGGCGAAAAACCACCAAAACGGCUAUAAUUGCCGUCUCACGUCUCAAAAACAACAAGUGGAGCAGUCGAAGAUCACGGUGUUUCUCGCGUUCUCCGGCCAGGCUAUGCAGUGCGUCGUCGACCCCUUACACCGAUUUGAAGGUUGAUCUGGUUUUUCUGUAGGGCGUCGGUUAACCGUUAACCAGAGAAACAAAGAGGCAAAAGAGUGUUGAUUAAUAAGUUGACGCAAGCCAAUCCUUUUUCUUUAAUUGUGCGUUCAUGAUGCCUGAAGGAGGAGCCUAUUAUUGCUCCAAGAAGACGGACGAUAUCUGUGAAGAUGUUUGUGGACAGGAGGCAAAUCGCUCAGGCAUGUCAAGACUCCGAUGCAUUCUGCGGGGGUUGGAUUUUAAAAGUUUCCUCCUCCUAUUCGUUAUGGUUCCGACAUUCAUCUUUGUCAUUUAUUUGCAUGGGCAGAAAAUUUCAUACUUUCUUAGGCCAUUGUGGGAAUCUCCACCCAAGCCCUUCAUAGAUGUCCCACACUAUUAUCAUGAGAAUGUGUCGAUGGAGCACCUCUGCAAACUUCAUGGUUGGGGAAUCCGCGAGUCCCCAAGACGAGUGUUUGAUGCUGUGCUCUUCAGCAAUGAGCUUGAUAUACUUACCAUAAGAUGGAAGGAACUGUACCCUUAUAUCACACAGUUUGUUCUUCUUGAAUCGAAUUCAACUUUCACAGGCUUGGUAAAGCCGCUGAUUUUUGCUAGCCACCGAGACCAAUUCAAAUUUAUUGAGCCUCGUCUCACUUAUGGGGUAAUUGGGGGACGAUUUAAGAAAGGGGAGAACCCAUUUGUCGAGGAGGCUUAUCAGCGAGUAGCACUGGAUCAGCUUCUCAGAAUAGCAGGUAUAACUGAUGAUGACUUGUUGAUAAUGUCUGAUGUUGAUGAGAUCCCAAGUGCGCACACGAUCAAUCUCCUGCGGUGGUGUGACGACAUUCCUCCGAUCCUCCAUCUUAGGCUCAAGAACUACUUAUACUCUUUUGAGUUUCUCGUGGACAAUAAGAGCUGGAGAGCUUCUGUGCACAGGUACCAGACGGGUAAGACAAGGUAUGCACAUUUUCGGCAGACAGACUACAUUUUGGCAGACGCGGGGUGGCAUUGCAGCUUCUGCUUCCGCCAUAUCAGUGAGUUCAUAUUCAAGAUGAAAGCCUAUAGCCAUGUUGACCGAGUUAGGUUCCGCCAUUACUUGAAUCCCAAAAGGGUUCAGGAUGUAAUAUGCAGAGGGGCUGACCUAUUUGACAUGCUUCCAGAAGAGUACACAUUUAAGGAGAUUAUUGGAAAGUUGGGACCUAUUCCUUCCACUUUUUCUGCAGUUCACCUUCCAUCACAUCUUCUGGAGAACUCAGAUAAGUACAGAUUUCUAUUGCCAGGGAACUGCAAAAGAGAAAGUGGCUAAGUCCCUCCAACAGAUUUUUGGCGUCUGCAUUGUAAAUGUUCAGGGCAGCUUGUUUGGCACAAUGAGAAAGGUCUUUGGGGAAACUAAUGACUAUGGUAUGGUAUGUUAUGAAGAUACCAGAUAUCCGGCAGAAUUUUAGAUCAUUCUUUAGGGAGACAGGAGUUGGGGAAAAUUGGAUGAGAGUUGUUGGAUUUCCUGGGUGGAAUUUUGUAAAUUUCCUUUUCCAUUACUGGGUUUCAUCCUGGUGGAGGCAUAUCCUUUUGCCAAACGUGGAGCUUGAAUUCCGGGGAACAGUUAAAUUCUCUGUGGAUAGCUUUCAUACCACUUUCUUGUUGGUAUGAGAUGGUUCCCCCAAUUGAAAACAAAUUGUGACAUUUCCCGAGCUUUUCAGUGCUGGGAAUUUUGUUUUCCUUUAGCCUAAUCUAUUCACAUAUUCUUCUUACAACUUAUGUUGUCAUUUAACUUGUUGAUUUGUACCAUCUGAUUGCUUCUGGACCUUCUAUUGAUGAUAAUUCUGAUUUAAUUCUUUGUCCUCUCCAAUCACAUUGUUAAGAAGAAUAUUAGCGCUAUUUGUAUAAUUUUUUUUUAUUAUUUUGGUUUGGUAAGUAGCAAUGAAGCAAACAGGUGAAGCGGAUGGUUGGUGGUUUUCUUGAUUGUAAUGUUUAUUUUGCAAUUCUUGUAUUCUGAUAUUAUUUCUUUCUCCCUAGACAUAC